AACAACCUCGUCCCACUGAAAACACCGUGAACUCAUCUUACGGCACAAUGAUCAACGUUGGCACAGUCACGGUGGAAGCCCACUACUCAACGAACUACGUGGAAAACUAUCUCGAUUCGGUAGAAAAUCUUCCGGACGAUGUACAGCGGCAUCUGUCACGCAUACGUGAAAUUGAUGUUCUCUACCGGAGCCACCUGCGGGACGUUAACACGUACUGCGAACAGUGGAACCUCAACCAGGGCCAGGGAACGGCCACCACCGGUGCAACGAAACCCAACACAAAUGAACCAUCGUCAUCAUCCACGACACCAACGACAAUCGAACCGAGCAGCAGCCUAAAGCGGGCAACUUCCCGGAUACAGAAAAGUCUCAUCGCAGCACAGGAGCUCGGUGACGAAAAGUUGCAAAUCAUUCAACAAAUGCAAGAUUUGAUCGAUCACAAAACACGGCAACUAGAUCAGGAUUUCGUGAACCUUGGUAACGAGUUUUUCGUACGGCUCGAUUAUGCUCGCGACGAUAAGACGCUCGAUGUUGCUCGGGAUGGAAUUGGUGCGAGCCUUAUCGGUGGCACUGCUGGUGGCAGCAAUACGUCCACCAAUGGACCGGGUCCGUACGGUAUCACAGGCAAUGGAACGGGCAACGGUCCAAGCGUGUCUGGUGGAUAUGGUAUCGGUGGUGCUGGCAGUAACGGUGGCAAUGGUGGUCUCGGUUCAAAUUCGCACAUCAUACACACAAGCAAUGGAACGAGUGGUAAUGGAGUCGGAAGCACACUCGGUGGAGGUGGCAAUGGAACAGGAAUGUACGGAGGAAACAAUGGCAGUGGUUCGAUGAGUAGUGAGCGAAGCUCCAAACGUGCCCGAAGAACACGCCACGAACAGACCGGUGCUGGUUCGGCGAAUGGUUCCAAUACGCCCAACUCGAUGUGUGGUGUUAGUGCGAUGGAAGUGGAUCCGAUUGAGGAUGUUCUUGGUGGCAACAGUGGCGGUGGAGGAAGUGUUCCAGUAGGUGCGAGUCCCAGCAAUGCAUCAGGUUUAGGAAGUGGUCCAUCGGGUACGGUAACCAUCACCAGCGUUGGCACUAGUGGACCGCAGCUAACCGGAGGAAUAAAGCCAGAAUCUGGUAGCAUCGGAAGCAAUAGCAAUGGUGGUAACGGUGGCACGAGUGGAUCAACAAGCAGCCAUACAAACAGUCUAAGCGGUCAGUCAGGAUCUAGCCAAACACCGAGCUCCACUAUUGGAGGCAAUGGUUCAAAGGGUGGUAAUGGUGGUGGAAACGGUGGUCCGAACAGUACCAUAUCUGGCACCAGUAGCACCAGUGGAAAUAAUGGCAACGGCAGUGGCGGUAAUGGUAGCGGCGCUGGAAGCAGUAAUACACAACUAAACACUUCCACCAACCAGGGCACUGGGAAAAAGGGAACCGGAAGUGGCAGCAAUGCAACUAGUGGUAGUGGUGCCGGUGGUGCGAACGCGGGCAAGAAGAAGAAACGAAAGACGGGCGGUCGGGGAUCGCAGGCAACGCGGGAAGCGCGCGAAGAUACGCCGGCUGCCGAGGAAACGAUCGAUCCGGACGAACCGACGUACUGUCUGUGUGAUCAGAUUUCCUUCGGCGAAAUGAUCCUCUGUGAUAACGAUCUCUGUCCGAUCGAGUGGUUCCACUUUAGCUGCGUUUCGCUCAUCUCCAAACCGAAGGGUCGCUGGUUCUGUCCCAACUGUCGCGGUGAUCGACCGAACGUGAUGAAACCGAAGGCACAAUUCCUUAAGGAGCUUGAGCGCUACAACAAGGAAAAGGAAGAGAAAACGUAA